AUGGGGUUUGAAGGGGUGGAGUUCAUUUUUGAGGCGACUCAAAAAUCGAGGAGAAUGGGGUUUGAAGGGGUGGAGUUCAUUUUUGAGGCGACUCAAAAAUCGAGGAGAAUGGGGUUUGAAGGGGUGGAGUUCAUUUUUGAGGCGACUCAAAAAUCGAGGAGAAUGGGGUUUGAAGGGGUGGAGUUCAUUUUUGAGUCGACUCAAAAAUCGAGGAGAAUGGGUUUGAAGGGGUGGAGUUCAUUUUUGAGGUCGACUCAAAAAUCGAGGAGAAUGGGGUUUGAAGGGGUGGAGUUCAUUUUUGAGGCGACUCAAAAAUCGAGGAGAAUGGGGUUUGAAGGGGUGGAGUUCAUUUUUGAGGCGACUCAAAAAUCGAGGAGAAUGGGGUUUGAAGGGGUGGAGUUCAUUUUUGAGGCGACUCAAAAAUCGAGGAGAAUGGGGUUUGAAGGGGUGGAGUUCAUUUUUGAGGCGACUCAAAAAUCGAGGAGAAUGGGGUUUGAAGGGGUGGAGUUCAUUUUUGAGGCGACUCAAAAAUCGAGGAGAAUGGGGUUUGAAGGGGUGGAGUUCAUUUUUGAGGCGACUCAAAAAUCGAGGAGAAUGGGGUUUGAAGGGGUGGAGUUCAUUUUUGAGGCGACUCAAAAAUCGAGGAGAAUGGGGUUUGAAGGGGUGGAGUUCAUUUUUGAGGCGACUCAAAAAUCGAGGAGAAUGGGGUUUGAAGGGGUGGAGUUCAUUUUUGAGGCGACUCAAAAAUCGAGGAGAAUGGGGUUUGAAGGGGUGGAGUUCAUUUUUGAGGCGACUCAAAAAUCGAGGAGAAUGGGGUUUGAAGGGGUGGAGUUCAUUUUUGAGGCGACUCAAAAAUCGAGGAGAAUGGGGUUUGAAGGGGUGGAGUUCAUUUUUGAGGCGACUCAAAAAUCGAGGAGAAUGGGGUUUGAAGGGGUGGAGUUCAUUUUUGAGGCGACUCAAAAAUCGAGGAGAAUGGGGUUUCGAAGGGGGGUGGAGUUCAUUUUUGAGGCGACUCAAAAAUCGAGGAGAAUGGGGUUUGAAGGGGUGGAGUUCAUUUUUGAGGCGACUCAAAAAUCGAGGAGAAUGGGGUUUGAAGGGGUGGAGUUCAUUUUUGAGGCGACUCAAAAAUCGAGGAGAAUGGGGUUUGAAGGGGUGGAGUUCAUUUUUGAGGCGACUCAAAAAUCGAGGAGAAUGGGGUUUGAAGGGGUGGAGUUCAUUUUGAAGGCGACUCAAAAAUCGAGGAGAAUGGGGUUUGAAGGGGUGGAGUUCAUUUUUGAGUCGACUAAAAAAUCGAGGAGAAUGGGGUUUGAAGGGGUGGAGUUCAUUUUUGAGGCGACUCAAAAAUCGAGGAGAAUGGGGUUUGAAGGGGUGGAGUUCAUUUUUGAGGCGACUCAAAAAUCGAGGAGAAUGGGGUUGAAGGGGGGUGUCAUUCGAAGGAGAAUGGGGUUUGAAGGGGUGGAGUUCAUUUUUGAGUCGACUCAAAAAUCGAGGAGAAUGGGGUUUGAAGGGGUGGAGUUCAAUUUUGAGGCGACUCAAAAAUCGAGGAGAAUGGGGUUUGAAGGGGUGGAGUUCAUUUUUGAGGCGACUCAAAAAUCGAGGAGAAUGGGGUUUGAAGGGGUGGAGUUCAUUUUUGAGGCGACUCAAAAAUCGAGGAGAAUGGGGUUUGAAGGGGUGGAGUUCAUUUUUGAGGCGACUCAAAAAUCGAGGAGAAUGGGGUUUGAAGGGGGGGUGGAGUUCAUUUUUGAGGCGACUCAAAAAUCGAGGAGAAUGGGGUUUGAAGGGGUGGAGUUCAUUUUUGAGGCGACUCAAAAAUCGAGGAGAAUGGGGUUUGAAGGGGUGGAGUUCAUUUUUGAGGCGACUCAAAAAUCGAGGAGAAUGGGGUUUGAAGGGGUGGAGUUCAUUUUUGAGGCGACUCAAAAAUCGAGGAGAAUGGGGUUUGAAGGGGUGGAGUUCAUUUUUGAGGCGACUCAAAAAUCGAGGAGAAUGGGGUUUGAAGGGGUGGAGUUCAUUUUUGAGGCGACUCAAAAAUCGAGGAGAAUGGGGUUUGAAGGGGUGGAGUUCAUUUUUGAGUCGACUCAAAAAUCGAGGAGAAUGGGGUUUGAAGGGGUGGAGUUCAUUUUUGAGGCGACUCAAAAAUCGAGGAGAAUGGGGUUUGAAGGGGUGGAGUUCAUUUUUGAGGCGACUCAAAAAUCGAGGAGAAUGGGGUUUGAAGGGGUGGAGUUCAUUUUUGAGGCGACUCAAAAAUCGAGGAGAAUGGGGUUUGAAGGGGUGGAGUUCAUUUUUGAGGCGACUCAAAAAUCGAGGAGAAUGGGGGGUGGAGGUUCAUUUUCUCAGAGGCGACUCUCAAAAACUCGAGGAGAAUGUGGGUUUGAAGGGGUGGAGUUCAUUUUUGAGGCGACUCAAAAAUCGAGGAGAAUGGGGUUUGAAGGGGUGGAGUUCAUUUUUGAGGCGACUCAAAAAUCGAGGAGAAUGGGGUUUGAAGGGGUGGAGUUCAUUUUUGAGGCGACUCAAAAAUCGAGGAGAAUGGGGUUUGAAGGGGUGGAGUUCAUUUUUGAGGCGACUCAAAAAUCGAGGAGAAUGGGGUUUGAAGGGGUGGAGUUCAUUUUUGAGGCGACUCAAAAAUCGAGGAGAAUGGGGUUUGAAGGGGUGGAGUUCAUUUUUGAGGCGACUCAAAAAUCGAGGAGAAUGGGGUUUGAAGGGGUGGAGUUCAUUUUUGAGGCGACUCAAAAAUCGAGGAGAAUGGGGUUUGAAGGGGUGGAGUUCAUUUUUGAGGCGACUCAAAAAUCGAGGAGAAUGGGGUUUGAAGGGGUGGAGUUCAUUUUUGAGGCGACUCAAAAAUCGAGGAGAAUGGGGUUUGAAGGGGUGGAGUUCAUUUUUGAGGCGACUCAAAAAUCGAGGAGAAUGGGGUUUGAAGGGGUGGAGUUCAUUUUUGAGGCGACUCAAAAAUCGAGGAGAAUGGGGUUUGAAGGGGUGGAGUUCAUUUUUGAGGCGACUCAAAAAUCGAGGAGAAUGGGGUUUGAAGGGGUGGAGUUCAUUUUUGAGGCGACUCAAAAAUCGAGGAGAAUGGGGUUUGAAGGGGUGGAGUUCAUUUUUGAGGCGACUCAAAAAUCGAGGAGAAUGGGGUUUGAAGGGGUGGAGUUCAUUUUUGAGGCGACUCAAAAAUCGAGGAGAAUGGGGUUUGAAGGGGUGGAGUUCAUUUUUGAGGCGACUCAAAAAUCGAGGAGAAUGGGGUUUGAAGGGGUGGAGUUCAUUUUUGAGGCGACUCAAAAAUCGAGGAGAAUGGGGUUUGAAGGGGUGGAGUUCAUUUUUGAGGCGACUCAAAAAUCGAGGAGAAUGGGGUUUGAAGGGGUGGAGUUCAUUUUUGAGGCGACUCAAAAAUCGAGGAGAAUGGGGUUUGAAGGGGUGGAGUUCAUUUUUGAGGCGACUCAAAAAUCGAGGAGAAUGGGGUUUGAAGGGGUGGAGUUCAUUUUUGAGGCGACUCAAAAAUCGAGGAGAAUGGGGUUUGAAGGGGUGGAGUUCAUUUUUGAGGCGACUCAAAAAUCGAGGAGAAUGGGGUUUGAAGGGGUGGAGUUCAUUUUUGAGGCGACUCAAAAAUCGAGGAGAAUGGGGUUUGAAGGGGUGGAGUUCAUUUUUGAGGCGACUCAAAAAUCGAGGAGAAUGGGGUUUGAAGGGGUGGAGUUCAUUUUUGAGGCGACUCAAAAAUCGAGGAGAAUGGGGUUUGAAGGGGUGGAGUUCAUUUUUGAGGCGACUCAAAAAUCGAGGAGAAUGGGGUUUGAAGGGGUGGAGUUCAUUUUUGAGGCGACUCAAAAAUCGAGGAGAAUGGGGUUUGAAGGGGUGGAGUUCAUUUUUGAGGCGACUCAAAAAUCGAGGAGAAUGGGGUUUGAAGGGGUGGAGUUCAUUUUUGAGGCGACUCAAAAAUCGAGGAGAAUGGGGUUUGAAGGGGUGGAGUUCAUUUUUGAGGCGACUCAAAAAUCGAGGAGAAUGGGGUUUGAAGGGGUGGAGUUCAUUUUUGAGGCGACUCAAAAAUCGAGGAGAAUGGGGUUUGAAGGGGUGGAGUUCAUUUUUGAGGCGACUCAAAAAUCGAGGAGAAUGGGGUUUGAAGGGGUGGAGUUCAUUUUUGAGGCGACUCAAAAAUCGAGGAGAAUGGGGUUUGAAGGGGUGGAGUUCAUUUUUGAGGCGACUCAAAAAUCGAGGAGAAUGGGGUUUGAAGGGGUGGAGUUCAUUUUUGAGGCGACUCAAAAAUCGAGGAGAAUGGGGUUUGAAGGGGUGGAGUUCAUUUUUGAGGCGACUCAAAAAUCGAGGAGAAUGGGGUUUGAAGGGGUGGAGUUCAUUUUUGAGGCGACUCAAAAAUCGAGGAGAAUGGGGUUUGAAGGGGUGGAGUUCAUUUUUGAGGCGACUCAAAAAUCGAGGAGAAUGGGGUUUGAAGGGGUGGAGUUCAUUUUUGAGGCGACUCAAAAAUCGAGGAGAAUGGGGUUUGAAGGGGUGGAGUUCAUUUUUGAGGCGACUCAAAAAUCGAGGAGAAUGGGGUUUGAAGGGGUGGAGUUCAUUUUUGAGGCGACUCAAAAAUCGAGGAGAAUGGGGUUUGAAGGGGUGGAGUUCAUUUUUGAGGCGACUCAAAAAUCGAGGAGAAUGGGGUUUGAAGGGGUGGAGUUCAUUUUUGAGGCGACUCAAAAAUCGAGGAGAAUGGGGUUUGAAGGGGUGGAGUUCAUUUUUGAGGCGACUCAAAAAUCGAGGAGAAUGGGGUUUGAAGGGGUGGAGUUCAUUUUUGAGGCGACUCAAAAAUCGAGGAGAAUGGGGUUUGAAGGGGUGGAGUUCAUUUUUGAGGCGACUCAAAAAUCGAGGAGAAUGGGGUUUGAAGGGGUGGAGUUCAUUUUUGAGGCGACUCAAAAAUCGAGGAGAAUGGGGUUUGAAGGGGUGGAGUUCAUUUUUGAGGCGACUCAAAAAUCGAGGAGAAUGGGGUUUGAAGGGGUGGAGUUCAUUUUUGAGGCGACUCAAAAAUCGAGGAGAAUGGGGUUUGAAGGGGUGGAGUUCAUUUUUGAGGCGACUCAAAAAUCGAGGAGAAUGGGGUUUGAAGGGGUGGAGUUCAUUUUUGAGGCGACUCAAAAAUCGAGGAGAAUGGGGUUUGAAGGGGUGGAGUUCAUUUUUGAGGCGACUCAAAAAUCGAGGAGAAUGGGGUUUGAAGGGGUGGAGUUCAUUUUUGAGGCGACUCAAAAAUCGAGGAGAAUGGGGUUUGAAGGGGUGGAGUUCAUUUUUGAGGCGACUCAAAAAUCGAGGAGAAUGGGGUUUGAAGGGGUGGAGUUCAUUUUUGAGGCGACUCAAAAAUCGAGGAGAAUGGGGUUUGAAGGGGUGGAGUUCAUUUUUGAGGCGACUCAAAAAUCGAGGAGAAUGGGGUUUGAAGGGGUGGAGUUCAUUUUUGAGGCGACUCAAAAAUCGAGGAGAAUGGGGUUUGAAGGGGUGGAGUUCAUUUUUGAGGCGACUCAAAAAUCGAGGAGAAUGGGGUUUGAAGGGGUGGAGUUCAUUUUUGAGGCGACUCAAAAAUCGAGGAGAAUGGGGUUUGAAGGGGUGGAGUUCAUUUUUGAGGCGACUCAAAAAUCGAGGAGAAUGGGGUUUGAAGGGGUGGAGUUCAUUUUUGAGGCGACUCAAAAAUCGAGGAGAAUGGGGUUUGAAGGGGUGGAGUUCAUUUUUGAGGCGACUCAAAAAUCGAGGAGAAUGGGGUUUGAAGGGGUGGAGUUCAUUUUUGAGGCGACUCAAAAAUCGAGGAGAAUGGGGUUUGAAGGGGUGGAGUUCAUUUUUGAGGCGACUCAAAAAUCGAGGAGAAUGGGGUUUGAAGGGGUGGAGUUCAUUUUUGAGGCGACUCAAAAAUCGAGGAGAAUGGGGUUUGAAGGGGUGGAGUUCAUUUUUGAGGCGACUCAAAAAUCGAGGAGAAUGGGGUUUGAAGGGGUGGAGUUCAUUUUUGAGGCGACUCAAAAAUCGAGGAGAAUGGGGUUUGAAGGGGUGGAGUUCAUUUUUGAGGCGACUCAAAAAUCGAGGAGAAUGGGGUUUGAAGGGGUGGAGUUCAUUUUUGAGGCGACUCAAAAAUCGAGGAGAAUGGGGUUUGAAGGGGUGGAGUUCAUUUUUGAGGCGACUCAAAAAUCGAGGAGAAUGGGGUUUGAAGGGGUGGAGUUCAUUUUUGAGGCGACUCAAAAAUCGAGGAGAAUGGGGUUUGAAGGGGUGGAGUUCAUUUUUGAGGCGACUCAAAAAUCGAGGAGAAUGGGGUUUGAAGGGGUGGAGUUCAUUUUUGAGGCGACUCAAAAAUCGAGGAGAAUGGGGUUUGAAGGGGUGGAGUUCAUUUUUGAGGCGACUCAAAAAUCGAGGAGAAUGGGGUUUGAAGGGGUGGAGUUCAUUUUUGAGGCGACUCAAAAAUCGAGGAGAAUGGGGUUUGAAGGGGUGGAGUUCAUUUUUGAGGCGACUCAAAAAUCGAGGAGAAUGGGGUUUGAAGGGGUGGAGUUCAUUUUUGAGGCGACUCAAAAAUCGAGGAGAAUGGGGUUUGAAGGGGUGGAGUUCAUUUUUGAGGCGACUCAAAAAUCGAGGAGAAUGGGGUUUGAAGGGGUGGAGUUCAUUUUUGAGGCGACUCAAAAAUCGAGGAGAAUGGGGUUUGAAGGGGUGGAGUUCAUUUUUGAGGCGACUCAAAAAUCGAGGAGAAUGGGGUUUGAAGGGGUGGAGUUCAUUUUUGAGGCGACUCAAAAAUCGAGGAGAAUGGGGUUUGAAGGGGUGGAGUUCAUUUUUGAGGCGACUCAAAAAUCGAGGAGAAUGGGGUUUGAAGGGGUGGAGUUCAUUUUUGAGGCGACUCAAAAAUCGAGGAGAAUGGGGUUUGAAGGGGUGGAGUUCAUUUUUGAGGCGACUCAAAAAUCGAGGAGAAUGGGGUUUGAAGGGGUGGAGUUCAUUUUUGAGGCGACUCAAAAAUCGAGGAGAAUGGGGUUUGAAGGGGUGGAGUUCAUUUUUGAGGCGACUCAAAAAUCGAGGAGAAUGGGGUUUGAAGGGGUGGAGUUCAUUUUUGAGGCGACUCAAAAAUCGAGGAGAAUGGGGUUUGAAGGGGUGGAGUUCAUUUUUGAGGCGACUCAAAAAUCGAGGAGAAUGGGGUUUGAAGGGGUGGAGUUCAUUUUUGAGGCGACUCAAAAAUCGAGGAGAAUGGGGUUUGAAGGGGUGGAGUUCAUUUUUGAGGCGACUCAAAAAUCGAGGAGAAUGGGGUUUGAAGGGGUGGAGUUCAUUUUUGAGGCGACUCAAAAAUCGAGGAGAAUGGGGUUUGAAGGGGUGGAGUUCAUUUUUGAGGCGACUCAAAAAUCGAGGAGAAUGGGGUUUGAAGGGGUGGAGUUCAUUUUUGAGGCGACUCAAAAAUCGAGGAGAAUGGGGUUUGAAGGGGUGGAGUUCAUUUUUGAGGCGACUCAAAAAUCGAGGAGAAUGGGGUUUGAAGGGGUGGAGUUCAUUUUUGAGGCGACUCAAAAAUCGAGGAGAAUGGGGUUUGAAGGGGUGGAGUUCAUUUUUGAGGCGACUCAAAAAUCGAGGAGAAUGGGGUUUGAAGGGGUGGAGUUCAUUUUUGAGGCGACUCAAAAAUCGAGGAGAAUGGGGUUUGAAGGGGUGGAGUUCAUUUUUGAGGCGACUCAAAAAUCGAGGAGAAUGGGGUUUGAAGGGGUGGAGUUCAUUUUUGAGGCGACUCAAAAAUCGAGGAGAAUGGGGUUUGAAGGGGUGGAGUUCAUUUUUGAGGCGACUCAAAAAUCGAGGAGAAUGGGGUUUGAAGGGGUGGAGUUCAUUUUUGAGGCGACUCAAAAAUCGAGGAGAAUGGGGUUUGAAGGGGUGGAGUUCAUUUUUGAGGCGACUCAAAAAUCGAGGAGAAUGGGGUUUGAAGGGGUGGAGUUCAUUUUUGAGGCGACUCAAAAAUCGAGGAGAAUGGGGUUUGAAGGGGUGGAGUUCAUUUUUGAGGCGACUCAAAAAUCGAGGAGAAUGGGGUUUGAAGGGGUGGAGUUCAUUUUUGAGGCGACUCAAAAAUCGAGGAGAAUGGGGUUUGAAGGGGUGGAGUUCAUUUUUGAGGCGACUCAAAAAUCGAGGAGAAUGGGGUUUGAAGGGGUGGAGUUCAUUUUUGAGGCGACUCAAAAAUCGAGGAGAAUGGGGUUUGAAGGGGUGGAGUUCAUUUUUGAGGCGACUCAAAAAUCGAGGAGAAUGGGGUUUGAAGGGGUGGAGUUCAUUUUUGAGGCGACUCAAAAAUCGAGGAGAAUGGGGUUUGAAGGGGUGGAGUUCAUUUUUGAGGCGACUCAAAAAUCGAGGAGAAUGGGGUUUGAAGGGGUGGAGUUCAUUUUUGAGGCGACUCAAAAAUCGAGGAGAAUGGGGUUUGAAGGGGUGGAGUUCAUUUUUGAGGCGACUCAAAAAUCGAGGAGAAUGGGGUUUGAAGGGGUGGAGUUCAUUUUUGAGGCGACUCAAAAAUCGAGGAGAAUGGGGUUUGAAGGGGUGGAGUUCAUUUUUGAGGCGACUCAAAAAUCGAGGAGAAUGGGGUUUGAAGGGGUGGAGUUCAUUUUUGAGGCGACUCAAAAAUCGAGGAGAAUGGGGUUUGAAGGGGUGGAGUUCAUUUUUGAGGCGACUCAAAAAUCGAGGAGAAUGGGGUUUGAAGGGGUGGAGUUCAUUUUUGAGGCGACUCAAAAAUCGAGGAGAAUGGGGUUUGAAGGGGUGGAGUUCAUUUUUGAGGCGACUCAAAAAUCGAGGAGAAUGGGGUUUGAAGGGGUGGAGUUCAUUUUUGAGGCGACUCAAAAAUCGAGGAGAAUGGGGUUUGAAGGGGUGGAGUUCAUUUUUGAGGCGACUCAAAAAUCGAGGAGAAUGGGGUUUGAAGGGGUGGAGUUCAUUUUUGAGGCGACUCAAAAAUCGAGGAGAAUGGGGUUUGAAGGGGUGGAGUUCAUUUUUGAGGCGACUCAAAAAUCGAGGAGAAUGGGGUUUGAAGGGGUGGAGUUCAUUUUUGAGGCGACUCAAAAAUCGAGGAGAAUGGGGUUUGAAGGGGUGGAGUUCAUUUUUGAGGCGACUCAAAAAUCGAGGAGAAUGGGGUUUGAAGGGGUGGAGUUCAUUUUUGAGGCGACUCAAAAAUCGAGGAGAAUGGGGUUUGAAGGGGUGGAGUUCAUUUUUGAGGCGACUCAAAAAUCGAGGAGAAUGGGGUUUGAAGGGGUGGAGUUCAUUUUUGAGGCGACUCAAAAAUCGAGGAGAAUGGGGUUUGAAGGGGUGGAGUUCAUUUUUGAGGCGACUCAAAAAUCGAGGAGAAUGGGGUUUGAAGGGGUGGAGUUCAUUUUUGAGGCGACUCAAAAAUCGAGGAGAAUGGGGUUUGAAGGGGUGGAGUUCAUUUUUGAGGCGACUCAAAAAUCGAGGAGAAUGGGGUUUGAAGGGGUGGAGUUCAUUUUUGAGGCGACUCAAAAAUCGAGGAGAAUGGGGUUUGAAGGGGUGGAGUUCAUUUUUGAGGCGACUCAAAAAUCGAGGAGAAUGGGGUUUGAAGGGGUGGAGUUCAUUUUUGAGGCGACUCAAAAAUCGAGGAGAAUGGGGUUUGAAGGGGUGGAGUUCAUUUUUGAGGCGACUCAAAAAUCGAGGAGAAUGGGGUUUGAAGGGGUGGAGUUCAUUUUUGAGGCGACUCAAAAAUCGAGGAGAAUGGGGUUUGAAGGGGUGGAGUUCAUUUUUGAGGCGACUCAAAAAUCGAGGAGAAUGGGGUUUGAAGGGGUGGAGUUCAUUUUUGAGGCGACUCAAAAAUCGAGGAGAAUGGGGUUUGAAGGGGUGGAGUUCAUUUUUGAGGCGACUCAAAAAUCGAGGAGAAUGGGGUUUGAAGGGGUGGAGUUCAUUUUUGAGGCGACUCAAAAAUCGAGGAGAAUGGGGUUUGAAGGGGUGGAGUUCAUUUUUGAGGCGACUCAAAAAUCGAGGAGAAUGGGGUUUGAAGGGGUGGAGUUCAUUUUUGAGGCGACUCAAAAAUCGAGGAGAAUGGGGUUUGAAGGGGUGGAGUUCAUUUUUGAGGCGACUCAAAAAUCGAGGAGAAUGGGGUUUGAAGGGGUGGAGUUCAUUUUUGAGGCGACUCAAAAAUCGAGGAGAAUGGGGUUUGAAGGGGUGGAGUUCAUUUUUGAGGCGACUCAAAAAUCGAGGAGAAUGGGGUUUGAAGGGGUGGAGUUCAUUUUUGAGGCGACUCAAAAAUCGAGGAGAAUGGGGUUUGAAGGGGUGGAGUUCAUUUUUGAGGCGACUCAAAAAUCGAGGAGAAUGGGGUUUGAAGGGGUGGAGUUCAUUUUUGAGGCGACUCAAAAAUCGAGGAGAAUGGGGUUUGAAGGGGUGGAGUUCAUUUUUGAGGCGACUCAAAAAUCGAGGAGAAUGGGGUUUGAAGGGGUGGAGUUCAUUUUUGAGGCGACUCAAAAAUCGAGGAGAAUGGGGUUUGAAGGGUUCAUUUUUGAGGCGACUCAAAAAUCGAGGAGAAUGGGGUUUGAAGGGGUGGAGUUCAUUUUUGAGGCGACUCAAAAAUCGAGGAGAAUGGGGUUUGAAGGGGUGGAGUUCAUUUUUGAGGCGACUCAAAAAUCGAGGAGAAUGGGGUUUGAAGGGGUGGAGUUCAUUUUUGAGGCGACUCAAAAAUCGAGGAGAAUGGGGUUUGAAGGGGUGGAGUUCAUUUUUGAGGCGACUCAAAAAUCGAGGAGAAUGGGGUUUGAAGGGGUGGAGUUCAUUUUUGAGGCGACUCAAAAAUCGAGGAGAAUGGGGUUUGAAGGGGUGGAGUUCAUUUUUGAGGCGACUCAAAAAUCGAGGAGAAUGGGGUUUGAAGGGGUGGAGUUCAUUUUUGAGGCGACUCAAAAAUCGAGGAGAAUGGGGUUUGAAGGGGUGGAGUUCAUUUUUGAGGCGACUCAAAAAUCGAGGAGAAUGGGGUUUGAAGGGGUGGAGUUCAUUUUUGAGGCGACUCAAAAAUCGAGGAGAAUGGGGUUUGAAGGGGUGGAGUUCAUUUUUGAGGCGACUCAAAAAUCGAGGAGAAUGGGGUUUGAAGGGGUGGAGUUCAUUUUUGAGGCGACUCAAAAAUCGAGGAGAAUGGGGUUUGAAGGGGUGGAGUUCAUUUUUGAGGCGACUCAAAAAUCGAGGAGAAUGGGGUUUGAAGGGGUGGAGUUCAUUUUUGAGGCGACUCAAAAAUCGAGGAGAAUGGGGUUUGAAGGGGUGGAGUUCAUUUUUGAGGCGACUCAAAAAUCGAGGAGAAUGGGGUUUGAAGGGGUGGAGUUCAUUUUUGAGGCGACUCAAAAAUCGAGGAGAAUGGGGUUUGAAGGGGUGGAGUUCAUUUUUGAGGCGACUCAAAAAUCGAGGAGAAUGGGGUUUGAAGGGGUGGAGUUCAUUUUUGAGGCGACUCAAAAAUCGAGGAGAAUGGGGUUUGAAGGGGUGGAGUUCAUUUUUGAGGCGACUCAAAAAUCGAGGAGAAUGGGGUUUGAAGGGGUGGAGUUCAUUUUUGAGGCGACUCAAAAAUCGAGGAGAAUGGGGUUUGAAGGGGUGGAGUUCAUUUUUGAGGCGACUCAAAAAUCGAGGAGAAUGGGGUUUGAAGGGGUGGAGUUCAUUUUUGAGGCGACUCAAAAAUCGAGGAGAAUGGGGUUUGAAGGGGUGGAGUUCAUUUUUGAGGCGACUCAAAAAUCGAGGAGAAUGGGGUUUGAAGGGGUGGAGUUCAUUUUUGAGGCGACUCAAAAAUCGAGGAGAAUGGGGUUUGAAGGGGUGGAGUUCAUUUUUGAGGCGACUCAAAAAUCGAGGAGAAUGGGGUUUGAAGGGGUGGAGUUCAUUUUUGAGGCGACUCAAAAAUCGAGGAGAAUGGGGUUUGAAGGGGUGGAGUUCAUUUUUGAGGCGACUCAAAAAUCGAGGAGAAUGGGGUUUGAAGGGGUGGAGUUCAUUUUUGAGGCGACUCAAAAAUCGAGGAGAAUGGGGUUUGAAGGGGUGGAGUUCAUUUUUGAGGCGACUCAAAAAUCGAGGAGAAUGGGGUUUGAAGGGGUGGAGUUCAUUUUUGAGGCGACUCAAAAAUCGAGGAGAAUGGGGUUUGAAGGGGUGGAGUUCAUUUUUGAGGCGACUCAAAAAUCGAGGAGAAUGGGGUUUGAAGGGGUGGAGUUCAUUUUUGAGGCGACUCAAAAAUCGAGGAGAAUGGGGUUUGAAGGGGUGGAGUUCAUUUUUGAGGCGACUCAAAAAUCGAGGAGAAUGGGGUUUGAAGGGGUGGAGUUCAUUUUUGAGGCGACUCAAAAAUCGAGGAGAAUGGGGUUUGAAGGGGUGGAGUUCAUUUUUGAGGCGACUCAAAAAUCGAGGAGAAUGGGGUUUGAAGGGGUGGAGUUCAUUUUUGAGGCGACUCAAAAAUCGAGGAGAAUGGGGUUUGAAGGGGUGGAGUUCAUUUUUGAGGCGACUCAAAAAUCGAGGAGAAUGGGGUUUGAAGGGGUGGAGUUCAUUUUUGAGGCGACUCAAAAAUCGAGGAGAAUGGGGUUUGAAGGGGUGGAGUUCAUUUUUGAGGCGACUCAAAAAUCGAGGAGAAUGGGGUUUGAAGGGGUGGAGUUCAUUUUUGAGGCGACUCAAAAAUCGAGGAGAAUGGGGUUUGAAGGGGUGGAGUUCAUUUUUGAGGCGACUCAAAAAUCGAGGAGAAUGGGGUUUGAAGGGGUGGAGUUCAUUUUUGAGGCGACUCAAAAAUCGAGGAGAAUGGGGUUUGAAGGGGUGGAGUUCAUUUUUGAGGCGACUCAAAAAUCGAGGAGAAUGGGGUUUGAAGGGGUGGAGUUCAUUUUUGAGGCGACUCAAAAAUCGAGGAGAAUGGGGUUUGAAGGGGUGGAGUUCAUUUUUGAGGCGACUCAAAAAUCGAGGAGAAUGGGGUUUGAAGGGGUGGAGUUCAUUUUUGAGGCGACUCAAAAAUCGAGGAGAAUGGGGUUUGAAGGGGUGGAGUUCAUUUUUGAGGCGACUCAAAAAUCGAGGAGAAUGGGGUUUGAAGGGGUGGAGUUCAUUUUUGAGGCGACUCAAAAAUCGAGGAGAAUGGGGUUUGAAGGGGUGGAGUUCAUUUUUGAGGCGACUCAAAAAUCGAGGAGAAUGGGGUUUGAAGGGGUGGAGUUCAUUUUUGAGGCGACUCAAAAAUCGAGGAGAAUGGGGUUUGAAGGGGUGGAGUUCAUUUUUGAGGCGACUCAAAAAUCGAGGAGAAUGGGGUUUGAAGGGGUGGAGUUCAUUUUUGAGGCGACUCAAAAAUCGAGGAGAAUGGGGUUUGAAGGGGUGGAGUUCAUUUUUGAGGCGACUCAAAAAUCGAGGAGAAUGGGGUUUGAAGGGGUGGAGUUCAUUUUUGAGGCGACUCAAAAAUCGAGGAGAAUGGGGUUUGAAGGGGUGGAGUUCAUUUUUGAGGCGACUCAAAAAUCGAGGAGAAUGGGGUUUGAAGGGGUGGAGUUCAUUUUUGAGGCGACUCAAAAAUCGAGGAGAAUGGGGUUUGAAGGGGUGGAGUUCAUUUUUGAGGCGACUCAAAAAUCGAGGAGAAUGGGGUUUGAAGGGGUGGAGUUCAUUUUUGAGGCGACUCAAAAAUCGAGGAGAAUGGGGUUUGAAGGGGUGGAGUUCAUUUUUGAGGCGACUCAAAAAUCGAGGAGAAUGGGGUUUGAAGGGGUGGAGUUCAUUUUUGAGGCGACUCAAAAAUCGAGGAGAAUGGGGUUUGAAGGGGUGGAGUUCAUUUUUGAGGCGACUCAAAAAUCGAGGAGAAUGGGGUUUGAAGGGGUGGAGUUCAUUUUUGAGGCGACUCAAAAAUCGAGGAGAAUGGGGUUUGAAGGGGUGGAGUUCAUUUUUGAGGCGACUCAAAAAUCGAGGAGAAUGGGGUUUGAAGGGGUGGAGUUCAUUUUUGAGGCGACUCAAAAAUCGAGGAGAAUGGGGUUUGAAGGGGUGGAGUUCAUUUUUGAGGCGACUCAAAAAUCGAGGAGAAUGGGGUUUGAAGGGGUGGAGUUCAUUUUUGAGGCGACUCAAAAAUCGAGGAGAAUGGGGUUUGAAGGGGUGGAGUUCAUUUUUGAGGCGACUCAAAAAUCGAGGAGAAUGGGGUUUGAAGGGGUGGAGUUCAUUUUUGAGGCGACUCAAAAAUCGAGGAGAAUGGGGUUUGAAGGGGUGGAGUUCAUUUUUGAGGCGACUCAAAAAUCGAGGAGAAUGGGGUUUGAAGGGGUGGAGUUCAUUUUUGAGGCGACUCAAAAAUCGAGGAGAAUGGGGUUUGAAGGGGUGGAGUUCAUUUUUGAGGCGACUCAAAAAUCGAGGAGAAUGGGGUUUGAAGGGGUGGAGUUCAUUUUUGAGGCGACUCAAAAAUCGAGGAGAAUGGGGUUUGAAGGGGUGGAGUUCAUUUUUGAGGCGACUCAAAAAUCGAGGAGAAUGGGGUUUGAAGGGGUGGAGUUCAUUUUUGAGGCGACUCAAAAAUCGAGGAGAAUGGGGUUUGAAGGGGUGGAGUUCAUUUUUGAGGCGACUCAAAAAUCGAGGAGAAUGGGGUUUGAAGGGGUGGAGUUCAUUUUUGAGGCGACUCAAAAAUCGAGGAGAAUGGGGUUUGAAGGGGUGGAGUUCAUUUUUGAGGCGACUCAAAAAUCGAGGAGAAUGGGGUUUGAAGGGGUGGAGUUCAUUUUUGAGGCGACUCAAAAAUCGAGGAGAAUGGGGUUUGAAGGGGUGGAGUUCAUUUUUGAGGCGACUCAAAAAUCGAGGAGAAUGGGGUUUGAAGGGGUGGAGUUCAUUUUUGAGGCGACUCAAAAAUCGAGGAGAAUGGGGUUUGAAGGGGUGGAGUUCAUUUUUGAGGCGACUCAAAAAUCGAGGAGAAUGGGGUUUGAAGGGGUGGAGUUCAUUUUUGAGGCGACUCAAAAAUCGAGGAGAAUGGGGUUUGAAGGGGUGGAGUUCAUUUUUGAGGCGACUCAAAAAUCGAGGAGAAUGGGGUUUGAAGGGGUGGAGUUCAUUUUUGAGGCGACUCAAAAAUCGAGGAGAAUGGGGUUUGAAGGGGUGGAGUUCAUUUUUGAGGCGACUCAAAAAUCGAGGAGAAUGGGGUUUGAAGGGGUGGAGUUCAUUUUUGAGGCGACUCAAAAAUCGAGGAGAAUGGGGUUUGAAGGGGUGGAGUUCAUUUUUGAGGCGACUCAAAAAUCGAGGAGAAUGGGGUUUGAAGGGGUGGAGUUCAUUUUUGAGGCGACUCAAAAAUCGAGGAGAAUGGGGUUUGAAGGGGUGGAGUUCAUUUUUGAGGCGACUCAAAAAUCGAGGAGAAUGGGGUUUGAAGGGGUGGAGUUCAUUUUUGAGGCGACUCAAAAAUCGAGGAGAAUGGGGUUUGAAGGGGUGGAGUUCAUUUUUGAGGCGACUCAAAAAUCGAGGAGAAUGGGGUUUGAAGGGGUGGAGUUCAUUUUUGAGGCGACUCAAAAAUCGAGGAGAAUGGGGUUUGAAGGGGUGGAGUUCAUUUUUGAGGCGACUCAAAAAUCGAGGAGAAUGGGGUUUGAAGGGGUGGAGUUCAUUUUUGAGGCGACUCAAAAAUCGAGGAGAAUGGGGUUUGAAGGGGUGGAGUUCAUUUUUGAGGCGACUCAAAAAUCGAGGAGAAUGGGGUUUGAAGGGGUGGAGUUCAUUUUUGAGGCGACUCAAAAAUCGAGGAGAAUGGGGUUUGAAGGGGUGGAGUUCAUUUUUGAGGCGACUCAAAAAUCGAGGAGAAUGGGGUUUGAAGGGGUGGAGUUCAUUUUUGAGGCGACUCAAAAAUCGAGGAGAAUGGGGUUUGAAGGGGUGGAGUUCAUUUUUGAGGCGACUCAAAAAUCGAGGAGAAUGGGGUUUGAAGGGGUGGAGUUCAUUUUUGAGGCGACUCAAAAAUCGAGGAGAAUGGGGUUUGAAGGGGUGGAGUUCAUUUUUGAGGCGACUCAAAAAUCGAGGAGAAUGGGGUUUGAAGGGGUGGAGUUCAUUUUUGAGGCGACUCAAAAAUCGAGGAGAAUGGGGUUUGAAGGGGUGGAGUUCAUUUUUGAGGCGACUCAAAAAUCGAGGAGAAUGGGGUUUGAAGGGGUGGAGUUCAUUUUUGAGGCGACUCAAAAAUCGAGGAGAAUGGGGUUUGAAGGGGUGGAGUUCAUUUUUGAGGCGACUCAAAAAUCGAGGAGAAUGGGGUUUGAAGGGGUGGAGUUCAUUUUUGAGGCGACUCAAAAAUCGAGGAGAAUGGGGUUUGAAGGGGUGGAGUUCAUUUUUGAGGCGACUCAAAAAUCGAGGAGAAUGGGGUUUGAAGGGGUGGAGUUCAUUUUUGAGGCGACUCAAAAAUCGAGGAGAAUGGGGUUUGAAGGGGUGGAGUUCAUUUUUGAGGCGACUCAAAAAUCGAGGAGAAUGGGGUUUGAAGGGGUGGAGUUCAUUUUUGAGGCGACUCAAAAAUCGAGGAGAAUGGGGUUUGAAGGGGUGGAGUUCAUUUUUGAGGCGACUCAAAAAUCGAGGAGAAUGGGGUUUGAAGGGGUGGAGUUCAUUUUUGAGGCGACUCAAAAAUCGAGGAGAAUGGGGUUUGAAGGGGUGGAGUUCAUUUUUGAGGCGACUCAAAAAUCGAGGAGAAUGGGGUUUGAAGGGGUGGAGUUCAUUUUUGAGGCGACUCAAAAAUCGAGGAGAAUGGGGUUUGAAGGGGUGGAGUUCAUUUUUGAGGCGACUCAAAAAUCGAGGAGAAUGGGGUUUGAAGGGGUGGAGUUCAUUUUUGAGGCGACUCAAAAAUCGAGGAGAAUGGGGUUUGAAGGGGUGGAGUUCAUUUUUGAGGCGACUCAAAAAUCGAGGAGAAUGGGGUUUGAAGGGGUGGAGUUCAUUUUUGAGGCGACUCAAAAAUCGAGGAGAAUGGGGUUUGAAGGGGUGGAGUUCAUUUUUGAGGCGACUCAAAAAUCGAGGAGAAUGGGGUUUGAAGGGGUGGAGUUCAUUUUUGAGGCGACUCAAAAAUCGAGGAGAAUGGGGUUUGAAGGGGUGGAGUUCAUUUUUGAGGCGACUCAAAAAUCGAGGAGAAUGGGGUUUGAAGGGGUGGAGUUCAUUUUUGAGGCGACUCAAAAAUCGAGGAGAAUGGGGUUUGAAGGGGUGGAGUUCAUUUUUGAGGCGACUCAAAAAUCGAGGAGAAUGGGGUUUGAAGGGGUGGAGUUCAUUUUUGAGGCGACUCAAAAAUCGAGGAGAAUGGGGUUUGAAGGGGUGGAGUUCAUUUUUGAGGCGACUCAAAAAUCGAGGAGAAUGGGGUUUGAAGGGGUGGAGUUCAUUUUUGAGGCGACUCAAAAAUCGAGGAGAAUGGGGUUUGAAGGGGUGGAGUUCAUUUUUGAGGCGACUCAAAAAUCGAGGAGAAUGGGGUUUGAAGGGGUGGAGUUCAUUUUUGAGGCGACUCAAAAAUCGAGGAGAAUGGGGUUUGAAGGGGUGGAGUUCAUUUUUGAGGCGACUCAAAAAUCGAGGAGAAUGGGGUUUGAAGGGGUGGAGUUCAUUUUUGAGGCGACUCAAAAAUCGAGGAGAAUGGGGUUUGAAGGGGUGGAGUUCAUUUUUGAGGCGACUCAAAAAUCGAGGAGAAUGGGGUUUGAAGGGGUGGAGUUCAUUUUUGAGGCGACUCAAAAAUCGAGGAGAAUGGGGUUUGAAGGGGUGGAGUUCAUUUUUGAGGCGACUCAAAAAUCGAGGAGAAUGGGGUUUGAAGGGGUGGAGUUCAUUUUUGAGGCGACUCAAAAAUCGAGGAGAAUGGGGUUUGAAGGGGUGGAGUUCAUUUUUGAGGCGACUCAAAAAUCGAGGAGAAUGGGGUUUGAAGGGGUGGAGUUCAUUUUUGAGGCGACUCAAAAAUCGAGGAGAAUGGGGUUUGAAGGGGUGGAGUUCAUUUUUGAGGCGACUCAAAAAUCGAGGAGAAUGGGGUUUGAAGGGGUGGAGUUCAUUUUUGAGGCGACUCAAAAAUCGAGGAGAAUGGGGUUUGAAGGGGUGGAGUUCAUUUUUGAGGCGACUCAAAAAUCGAGGAGAAUGGGGUUUGAAGGGGUGGAGUUCAUUUUUGAGGCGACUCAAAAAUCGAGGAGAAUGGGGUUUGAAGGGGUGGAGUUCAUUUUUGAGGCGACUCAAAAAUCGAGGAGAAUGGGGUUUGAAGGGGUGGAGUUCAUUUUUGAGGCGACUCAAAAAUCGAGGAGAAUGGGGUUUGAAGGGGUGGAGUUCAUUUUUGAGGCGACUCAAAAAUCGAGGAGAAUGGGGUUUGAAGGGGUGGAGUUCAUUUUUGAGGCGACUCAAAAAUCGAGGAGAAUGGGGUUUGAAGGGGUGGAGUUCAUUUUUGAGGCGACUCAAAAAUCGAGGAGAAUGGGGUUUGAAGGGGUGGAGUUCAUUUUUGAGGCGACUCAAAAAUCGAGGAGAAUGGGGUUUGAAGGGGUGGAGUUCAUUUUUGAGGCGACUCAAAAAUCGAGGAGAAUGGGGUUUGAAGGGGUGGAGUUCAUUUUUGAGGCGACUCAAAAAUCGAGGAGAAUGGGGUUUGAAGGGGUGGAGUUCAUUUUUGAGGCGACUCAAAAAUCGAGGAGAAUGGGGUUUGAAGGGGUGGAGUUCAUUUUUGAGGCGACUCAAAAAUCGAGGAGAAUGGGGUUUGAAGGGGUGGAGUUCAUUUUUGAGGCGACUCAAAAAUCGAGGAGAAUGGGGUUUGAAGGGGUGGAGUUCAUUUUUGAGGCGACUCAAAAAUCGAGGAGAAUGGGGUUUGAAGGGGUGGAGUUCAUUUUUGAGGCGACUCAAAAAUCGAGGAGAAUGGGGUUUGAAGGGGUGGAGUUCAUUUUUGAGGCGACUCAAAAAUCGAGGAGAAUGGGGUUUGAAGGGGUGGAGUUCAUUUUUGAGGCGACUCAAAAAUCGAGGAGAAUGGGGUUUGAAGGGGUGGAGUUCAUUUUUGAGGCGACUCAAAAAUCGAGGAGAAUGGGGUUUGAAGGGGUGGAGUUCAUUUUUGAGGCGACUCAAAAAUCGAGGAGAAUGGGGUUUGAAGGGGUGGAGUUCAUUUUUGAGGCGACUCAAAAAUCGAGGAGAAUGGGGUUUGAAGGGGUGGAGUUCAUUUUUGAGGCGACUCAAAAAUCGAGGAGAAUGGGGUUUGAAGGGGUGGAGUUCAUUUUUGAGGCGACUCAAAAAUCGAGGAGAAUGGGGUUUGAAGGGGUGGAGUUCAUUUUUGAGGCGACUCAAAAAUCGAGGAGAAUGGGGUUUGAAGGGGUGGAGUUCAUUUUUGAGGCGACUCAAAAAUCGAGGAGAAUGGGGUUUGAAGGGGUGGAGUUCAUUUUUGAGGCGACUCAAAAAUCGAGGAGAAUGGGGUUUGAAGGGGUGGAGUUCAUUUUUGAGGCGACUCAAAAAUCGAGGAGAAUGGGGUUUGAAGGGGUGGAGUUCAUUUUUGAGGCGACUCAAAAAUCGAGGAGAAUGGGGUUUGAAGGGGUGGAGUUCAUUUUUGAGGCGACUCAAAAAUCGAGGAGAAUGGGGUUUGAAGGGGUGGAGUUCAUUUUUGAGGCGACUCAAAAAUCGAGGAGAAUGGGGUUUGAAGGGGUGGAGUUCAUUUUUGAGGCGACUCAAAAAUCGAGGAGAAUGGGGUUUGAAGGGGUGGAGUUCAUUUUUGAGGCGACUCAAAAAUCGAGGAGAAUGGGGUUUGAAGGGGUGGAGUUCAUUUUUGAGGCGACUCAAAAAUCGAGGAGAAUGGGGUUUGAAGGGGUGGAGUUCAUUUUUGAGGCGACUCAAAAAUCGAGGAGAAUGGGGUUUGAAGGGGUGGAGUUCAUUUUUGAGGCGACUCAAAAAUCGAGGAGAAUGGGGUUUGAAGGGGUGGAGUUCAUUUUUGAGGCGACUCAAAAAUCGAGGAGAAUGGGGUUUGAAGGGGUGGAGUUCAUUUUUGAGGCGACUCAAAAAUCGAGGAGAAUGGGGUUUGAAGGGGUGGAGUUCAUUUUUGAGGCGACUCAAAAAUCGAGGAGAAUGGGGUUUGAAGGGGUGGAGUUCAUUUUUGAGGCGACUCAAAAAUCGAGGAGAAUGGGGUUUGAAGGGGUGGAGUUCAUUUUUGAGGCGACUCAAAAAUCGAGGAGAAUGGGGUUUGAAGGGGUGGAGUUCAUUUUUGAGGCGACUCAAAAAUCGAGGAGAAUGGGGUUUGAAGGGGUGGAGUUCAUUUUUGAGGCGACUCAAAAAUCGAGGAGAAUGGGGUUUGAAGGGGUGGAGUUCAUUUUUGAGGCGACUCAAAAAUCGAGGAGAAUGGGGUUUGAAGGGGUGGAGUUCAUUUUUGAGGCGACUCAAAAAUCGAGGAGAAUGGGGUUUGAAGGGGUGGAGUUCAUUUUUGAGGCGACUCAAAAAUCGAGGAGAAUGGGGUUUGAAGGGGUGGAGUUCAUUUUUGAGGCGACUCAAAAAUCGAGGAGAAUGGGGUUUGAAGGGGUGGAGUUCAUUUUUGAGGCGACUCAAAAAUCGAGGAGAAUGGGGUUUGAAGGGGUGGAGUUCAUUUUUGAGGCGACUCAAAAAUCGAGGAGAAUGGGGUUUGAAGGGGUGGAGUUCAUUUUUGAGGCGACUCAAAAAUCGAGGAGAAUGGGGUUUGAAGGGGUGGAGUUCAUUUUUGAGGCGACUCAAAAAUCGAGGAGAAUGGGGUUUGAAGGGGUGGAGUUCAUUUUUGAGGCGACUCAAAAAUCGAGGAGAAUGGGGUUUGAAGGGGUGGAGUUCAUUUUUGAGGCGACUCAAAAAUCGAGGAGAAUGGGGUUUGAAGGGGUGGAGUUCAUUUUUGAGGCGACUCAAAAAUCGAGGAGAAUGGGGUUUGAAGGGGUGGAGUUCAUUUUUGAGGCGACUCAAAAAUCGAGGAGAAUGGGGUUUGAAGGGGUGGAGUUCAUUUUUGAGGCGACUCAAAAAUCGAGGAGAAUGGGGUUUGAAGGGGUGGAGUUCAUUUUUGAGGCGACUCAAAAAUCGAGGAGAAUGGGGUUUGAAGGGGUGGAGUUCAUUUUUGAGGCGACUCAAAAAUCGAGGAGAAUGGGGUUUGAAGGGGUGGAGUUCAUUUUUGAGGCGACUCAAAAAUCGAGGAGAAUGGGGUUUGAAGGGGUGGAGUUCAUUUUUGAGGCGACUCAAAAAUCGAGGAGAAUGGGGUUUGAAGGGGUGGAGUUCAUUUUUGAGGCGACUCAAAAAUCGAGGAGAAUGGGGUUUGAAGGGGUGGAGUUCAUUUUUGAGGCGACUCAAAAAUCGAGGAGAAUGGGGUUUGAAGGGGUGGAGUUCAUUUUUGAGGCGACUCAAAAAUCGAGGAGAAUGGGGUUUGAAGGGGUGGAGUUCAUUUUUGAGGCGACUCAAAAAUCGAGGAGAAUGGGGUUUGAAGGGGUGGAGUUCAUUUUUGAGGCGACUCAAAAAUCGAGGAGAAUGGGGUUUGAAGGGGUGGAGUUCAUUUUUGAGGCGACUCAAAAAUCGAGGAGAAUGGGGUUUGAAGGGGUGGAGUUCAUUUUUGAGGCGACUCAAAAAUCGAGGAGAAUGGGGUUUGAAGGGGUGGAGUUCAUUUUUGAGGCGACUCAAAAAUCGAGGAGAAUGGGGUUUGAAGGGGUGGAGUUCAUUUUUGAGGCGACUCAAAAAUCGAGGAGAAUGGGGUUUGAAGGGGUGGAGUUCAUUUUUGAGGCGACUCAAAAAUCGAGGAGAAUGGGGUUUGAAGGGGUGGAGUUCAUUUUUGAGGCGACUCAAAAAUCGAGGAGAAUGGGGUUUGAAGGGGUGGAGUUCAUUUUUGAGGCGACUCAAAAAUCGAGGAGAAUGGGGUUUGAAGGGGUGGAGUUCAUUUUUGAGGCGACUCAAAAAUCGAGGAGAAUGGGGUUUGAAGGGGUGGAGUUCAUUUUUGAGGCGACUCAAAAAUCGAGGAGAAUGGGGUUUGAAGGGGUGGAGUUCAUUUUUGAGGCGACUCAAAAAUCGAGGAGAAUGGGGUUUGAAGGGGUGGAGUUCAUUUUUGAGGCGACUCAAAAAUCGAGGAGAAUGGGGUUUGAAGGGGUGGAGUUCAUUUUUGAGGCGACUCAAAAAUCGAGGAGAAUGGGGUUUGAAGGGGUGGAGUUCAUUUUUGAGGCGACUCAAAAAUCGAGGAGAAUGGGGUUUGAAGGGGUGGAGUUCAUUUUUGAGGCGACUCAAAAAUCGAGGAGAAUGGGGUUUGAAGGGGUGGAGUUCAUUUUUGAGGCGACUCAAAAAUCGAGGAGAAUGGGGUUUGAAGGGGUGGAGUUCAUUUUUGAGGCGACUCAAAAAUCGAGGAGAAUGGGGUUUGAAGGGGUGGAGUUCAUUUUUGAGGCGACUCAAAAAUCGAGGAGAAUGGGGUUUGAAGGGGUGGAGUUCAUUUUUGAGGCGACUCAAAAAUCGAGGAGAAUGGGGUUUGAAGGGGUGGAGUUCAUUUUUGAGGCGACUCAAAAAUCGAGGAGAAUGGGGUUUGAAGGGGUGGAGUUCAUUUUUGAGGCGACUCAAAAAUCGAGGAGAAUGGGGUUUGAAGGGGUGGAGUUCAUUUUUGAGGCGACUCAAAAAUCGAGGAGAAUGGGGUUUGAAGGGGUGGAGUUCAUUUUUGAGGCGACUCAAAAAUCGAGGAGAAUGGGGUUUGAAGGGGUGGAGUUCAUUUUUGAGGCGACUCAAAAAUCGAGGAGAAUGGGGUUUGAAGGGGUGGAGUUCAUUUUUGAGGCGACUCAAAAAUCGAGGAGAAUGGGGUUUGAAGGGGUGGAGUUCAUUUUUGAGGCGACUCAAAAAUCGAGGAGAAUGGGGUUUGAAGGGGUGGAGUUCAUUUUUGAGGCGACUCAAAAAUCGAGGAGAAUGGGGUUUGAAGGGGUGGAGUUCAUUUUUGAGGCGACUCAAAAAUCGAGGAGAAUGGGGUUUGAAGGGGUGGAGUUCAUUUUUGAGGCGACUCAAAAAUCGAGGAGAAUGGGGUUUGAAGGGGUGGAGUUCAUUUUUGAGGCGACUCAAAAAUCGAGGAGAAUGGGGUUUGAAGGGGUGGAGUUCAUUUUUGAGGCGACUCAAAAAUCGAGGAGAAUGGGGUUUGAAGGGGUGGAGUUCAUUUUUGAGGCGACUCAAAAAUCGAGGAGAAUGGGGUUUGAAGGGGUGGAGUUCAUUUUUGAGGCGACUCAAAAAUCGAGGAGAAUGGGGUUUGAAGGGGUGGAGUUCAUUUUUGAGGCGACUCAAAAAUCGAGGAGAAUGGGGUUUGAAGGGGUGGAGUUCAUUUUUGAGGCGACUCAAAAAUCGAGGAGAAUGGGGUUUGAAGGGGUGGAGUUCAUUUUUGAGGCGACUCAAAAAUCGAGGAGAAUGGGGUUUGAAGGGGUGGAGUUCAUUUUUGAGGCGACUCAAAAAUCGAGGAGAAUGGGGUUUGAAGGGGUGGAGUUCAUUUUUGAGGCGACUCAAAAAUCGAGGAGAAUGGGGUUUGAAGGGGUGGAGUUCAUUUUUGAGGCGACUCAAAAAUCGAGGAGAAUGGGGUUUGAAGGGGUGGAGUUCAUUUUUGAGGCGACUCAAAAAUCGAGGAGAAUGGGGUUUGAAGGGGUGGAGUUCAUUUUUGAGGCGACUCAAAAAUCGAGGAGAAUGGGGUUUGAAGGGGUGGAGUUCAUUUUUGAGGCGACUCAAAAAUCGAGGAGAAUGGGGUUUGAAGGGGUGGAGUUCAUUUUUGAGGCGACUCAAAAAUCGAGGAGAAUGGGGUUUGAAGGGGUGGAGUUCAUUUUUGAGGCGACUCAAAAAUCGAGGAGAAUGGGGUUUGAAGGGGUGGAGUUCAUUUUUGAGGCGACUCAAAAAUCGAGGAGAAUGGGGUUUGAAGGGGUGGAGUUCAUUUUUGAGGCGACUCAAAAAUCGAGGAGAAUGGGGUUUGAAGGGGUGGAGUUCAUUUUUGAGGCGACUCAAAAAUCGAGGAGAAUGGGGUUUGAAGGGGUGGAGUUCAUUUUUGAGGCGACUCAAAAAUCGAGGAGAAUGGGGUUUGAAGGGGUGGAGUUCAUUUUUGAGGCGACUCAAAAAUCGAGGAGAAUGGGGUUUGAAGGGGUGGAGUUCAUUUUUGAGGCGACUCAAAAAUCGAGGAGAAUGGGGUUUGAAGGGGUGGAGUUCAUUUUUGAGGCGACUCAAAAAUCGAGGAGAAUGGGGUUUGAAGGGGUGGAGUUCAUUUUUGAGGCGACUCAAAAAUCGAGGAGAAUGGGGUUUGAAGGGGUGGAGUUCAUUUUUGAGGCGACUCAAAAAUCGAGGAGAAUGGGGUUUGAAGGGGUGGAGUUCAUUUUUGAGGCGACUCAAAAAUCGAGGAGAAUGGGGUUUGAAGGGGUGGAGUUCAUUUUUGAGGCGACUCAAAAAUCGAGGAGAAUGGGGUUUGAAGGGGUGGAGUUCAUUUUUGAGGCGACUCAAAAAUCGAGGAGAAUGGGGUUUGAAGGGGUGGAGUUCAUUUUUGAGGCGACUCAAAAAUCGAGGAGAAUGGGGUUUGAAGGGGUGGAGUUCAUUUUUGAGGCGACUCAAAAAUCGAGGAGAAUGGGGUUUGAAGGGGUGGAGUUCAUUUUUGAGGCGACUCAAAAAUCGAGGAGAAUGGGGUUUGAAGGGGUGGAGUUCAUUUUUGAGGCGACUCAAAAAUCGAGGAGAAUGGGGUUUGAAGGGGUGGAGUUCAUUUUUGAGGCGACUCAAAAAUCGAGGAGAAUGGGGUUUGAAGGGGUGGAGUUCAUUUUUGAGGCGACUCAAAAAUCGAGGAGAAUGGGGUUUGAAGGGGUGGAGUUCAUUUUUGAGGCGACUCAAAAAUCGAGGAGAAUGGGGUUUGAAGGGGUGGAGUUCAUUUUUGAGGCGACUCAAAAAUCGAGGAGAAUGGGGUUUGAAGGGGUGGAGUUCAUUUUUGAGGCGACUCAAAAAUCGAGGAGAAUGGGGUUUGAAGGGGUGGAGUUCAUUUUUGAGGCGACUCAAAAAUCGAGGAGAAUGGGGUUUGAAGGGGUGGAGUUCAUUUUUGAGGCGACUCAAAAAUCGAGGAGAAUGGGGUUUGAAGGGGUGGAGUUCAUUUUUGAGGCGACUCAAAAAUCGAGGAGAAUGGGGUUUGAAGGGGUGGAGUUCAUUUUUGAGGCGACUCAAAAAUCGAGGAGAAUGGGGUUUGAAGGGGUGGAGUUCAUUUUUGAGGCGACUCAAAAAUCGAGGAGAAUGGGGUUUGAAGGGGUGGAGUUCAUUUUUGAGGCGACUCAAAAAUCGAGGAGAAUGGGGUUUGAAGGGGUGGAGUUCAUUUUUGAGGCGACUCAAAAAUCGAGGAGAAUGGGGUUUGAAGGGGUGGAGUUCAUUUUUGAGGCGACUCAAAAAUCGAGGAGAAUGGGGUUUGAAGGGGUGGAGUUCAUUUUUGAGGCGACUCAAAAAUCGAGGAGAAUGGGGUUUGAAGGGGUGGAGUUCAUUUUUGAGGCGACUCAAAACUCGAGGAGAAUGGGGUUUGAAGGGGGUGUGAGUUCAUUUUUGAGGCGAUCAAAAAUCGAGGAGAAUGGGGUUUGA